AUGGCGAUGGCGGAGGCACAGGCGAAGCCUGCGUGGCUGAACCCCUCGCUUCUACGAGACCAGCAACAAGCUUUGUUGGUGCUGUUGCAGGCAUCUCUGGUUGUGCUGGCGGAUGCCCAGGUUCCCUGUUGGCUGACAGGGGGGUCGCUUCUGGGAGCCCUUCGCCACGGCGGCUUCAUCCCCCACGAUGACGAUGUGGACUUGGAAGCCCUAGAGGCAGACCUGUCAAAAAUGGAGGCCGCUUUCGAAGGGCGCGCGCCGCUGGCCUUUCGGCGCGGUGGCCGCUGGAACACGACGCCUGUCGCGCAUGUUGGGCUGAGGUCCGGCCCAACGCAGGACUGCGAAGUGGAGCUCGACAUCUUCCUUCGUGAGGAGCCCUUACAGGCCGAGAAGGAUUUUCCCUCUGCAGAGGAGAUCUUCCCACUCUGCACCAUCGACUUCCAUGGCAUCCAGGUGCCCUCGCCGGGUCGCCCCGAGCCAUUCCUGCAGCGGCUCUACGGCGUGGACUGGCAAAGUACCGUUCGCGUCUGGAGCCAUGAUUUCAAUCCAUUCCACAGCCUCGCGCAUGAUCCGGAACGUGUGAGUAUGUCUUUGGACGCCUACACAGAGAUGGUCACAGCGGCAGGCUACCAGAGCCCAAGCACAAGCCCAGACCCUUGGGAGGCUCUGAGACUUCUCGAAGGCGCCGGAGUGCUGCUGGCGCUGCGGAAGAGCCGCGAGGAGACUUGGUUGGAGAAGCUGCAGAGGCGCAAUCGCGAGCAGGCGGAAGCCAGGACAGCACUUGAGGAGCCGAUGGACUCCGAUUCGGAGCGUGCGGCUCGAUCUGCCCCACGGCCCUCCCCAUUGCAGGCACUUCGAAGGCAGUGGCGUGAACGACAGCUCAGCCCCGUGCAGCAGACGCCGACAAGGCGGUUGGCAGACCUGCUUGCUGCAGCUGAGUCACCUGCACGGGACGUCUUCGGGGACAGACCCGGUUCUCCGACGGCAGAAGUGAGGGACCGGAGCUGGCAGGGCUUUGCUCACGAUGCAGAACCACAUCGUCCAGGUGAUCUCAGCGAAACAGAGUCAGGAGCUCCCGCGUGUGUGGGAGAGACGACGCGCCCAGUCCUUCCACAGCCGCCUGGCGAGGAGGCCUUCGUCGCGGCCCGCGCGAGCGUGCGCCGGGACGAGUACCUGAAGCUGGAGAUGUGGCUCUUGGCUGGGGGCUCCCCUGAGCCCUUCGCGCCUUGGUUCCGAGAGCUUCUGAUGGAUGCGGACCCCGAGGCUUUCGUCGCGGCCUGCAGGGCGGUCGCGUCACACUACCGCCGCACCGCACAGCAGCACGCACUGGGUCUCGACAACACAGCGGCGCCAUGCAGGCCGUGGCUGAAGGGCUUUCUUGAGAGGCUCCAGGCCCCGGGCAGGGCGGAGAGGCUGAAGGAGGCUGCCGAGCUGGCGGCCGCAGUGCUGGCAGCUCCCAGGCCUGCUUCUACGUCACAGCGCCACGAGUUCUUCGAUGAGUUGGCCCUUCUUCUGCCAACACCCGGCGCCGAAGCCUUGCUUCGAGGCUGCGAGGGGCACGGUGCACUUCAAACGGAGGACCUCGAGCAAUUGCGAAGCAUGGUGGCACCUGUGCUACCGGAACCAGACAUCCUUGAGGUCCCACGCUCACCGAACGUGGAGCACAAUAGCUUCCUUGCUUCGCCUCUGAGGCCGGAACCAUCGGGGCCCGAGGAUCCGCUGCGGCUGCUCAGCACGAGCUCUCCCAAGUCCUGGCGCCAGCGACUUGAGGCGCUGGAAGCAAUCCAAGGGCCAGAUGCAGACGGUGUCCACGGCCAGUUGCUGUGGCCACAGCUGGUGCUUCAGGCAGAGGAUGACCAUCCGGCUGUGGCUGCAGCAUCGCUGCGAUGUCUCGCACGCCUCGCGCCCCUCCUGUCUGCACCAGGGGAUCACUUGCUUGCUCGCCUCGCAUGGGCAGUGAAGGGCCGCUCGAAGGGUCGUCUGCGGGACCAAGAAGCUGUCCGCGUGCUGCUUGGUGCCACGGCAAGGUGCCCCCGUGCCGUCGGGGGCCCAGCCGGGCUGGGCGCCUUCUUGGGCUUGGCCCUUGGCCUCCACAAGGAGCGUGCGAAGGAAGUAGUGCUGGAGCUGAUGGCGGAAAGGCACCAGCCUGCUGGUGCUACAGGCUGUUUACCAGCGCCUCUUGAGGCCUUGCUGCAGGAUUUGGGGAAGCUGAAGCCGCCGGAGAUCCGACGCGGAGGGCUGACCCUGAGCGAGAGCCCGGUGCGCAAACGGGUGCUCUGCUUGGGUAGCCCCGAGUUCUGCCGCCAAAGCCCCAGGAUCUCUCCUGUGCAGAAAGCCACACCUUCCACGACCUCACCGGGGGCAUUCCUGUCCUUUGCUGAGGCCCUGCCGGAUCCGGACUCGGUUCCGCCGCUUUGCCGGUAUGCAUCGCCGGUGAAGCCUUGGAAGCAGGUCCGCCACUGGGAGGCUCGCACGCCGGACACCACCCGAGGCAGCGCCGCCUCGCUGGGACCUUCGCUUCCAUCGGAGUCGCGGCUGCUGAGCCUCUCUCAGGCUCCCUCGCCUGAAUAUCUCGGUGACACACAAAGCACGCUGAUGGGCACAUCGCCGGAAGACCAGCAGGAAGAGCCAAUCAGCCCGGAGGCUCUGAGCAAAGAGACGAACGACGAGGCAGAGCCGGGCGACGAGAAGGAAGAAACUGCGGAGGAUGUGGAGGAGGCCCUGGAGUCGCUUGAGUCUUUCCUGAACCGGCUUGCAGCAGAGACACCACAGGAUCUGGCCAAAGCCUUGGCCAAUACCUGGUCCGACGAGGCCGCAAGCGCCGUGGACUUCCUCCUCAGCCAGCUGCUGACCCCAUCACCAGGAGUCAGCAGCACAAAGACGGCAGAGCUCCUGCAAAGCUUCGUCGAGGAGCUCGUCUCUACCGACCGGCACCUCAAAGACUUGGACCUUCCUUCUCUGCCGAUGGUCGCCGAAGCCGCAUCGGCUGGGCGACUCGGCAGUGCCCUUCCAGCAUUGCGCCGUGCGUUGGAGCCGCUGCUCCGGCACCUGUCUCCAGGAGCCGUUCCAGAAAGUUGCUGGACACAACUGCGACGAAUUCUGGCGGAGAGGCCCGCGCAGAUGGGCGAGGAGGCUGCGGAGGCUGUCAAGGAGGAGAUGGAGCAGGUGCCUGCUUCUGAGCUGGCCGAGCUCUCUGCCACUUUCCAGAAGCUGCACAGGAUUACCACGGAGCUCUCCCGGCCGGUCCAGAGCAUGGAUGAGGUCUUGCUACCGCUGCGCCAGGCAGCGCAAAUAUUGUUGCGACCACAGGCCCAUGGCCCGCUCCGCGGCUUCCUUCGCCGGCUCCGCCUGCGCCGCGGUGCUAAGGAAAACAUGGUGCCACAGUCCAAGACAGGAAGACUUCAGAAGCCUCCAGCAGACGACUAUGCAUGUGCCCGCGAACAAGCAGCCGAUGAGGGCUUGGUAGGUGCCUUCCCCUCCUCGCUCUUUGGGCCCUUGCGUCGGCUCCUGGGUGGCCCGGCGCCAGUGCAGCGGGGAGCUGCCGAGGUAGUGGCUGCUUGUGCCCGCGCAUGUGGUGCGCCUCUCCUGCGCGGGCUCUUGAGUCUCGCACCCCUGCUGUUGAAAGUCGCGUCCUUCAGAGGACCUGCACAAGGCGCGGCGCGUGUGGCGCUGGCUGAGAUGAGCAGCCAGAGCUGGAGCGGUUUUCGGGCUACCUGGCGGGCGCUGAUGCAGGCCAUCUUGGCCUCCAGCGGCAGCCGAAGGUCACCGGGUCUUUCAGGCAUGGUCGACCAGGGCUCAGGGCAGCUCUUGGAGGUGUUCCGGGCCCUGGAGGAGGUUUGGCCACAGCUCGCAGAGACCAGCGACGCCGCGGCAGCUCGGCAGGCACUUGGGGAACUUUUGGCGGUGGCCGCGCCCUGCUGCUUACAUUCAAGCUCGCAGCUGCGCACCGCCGCCGCCCGAGCCCUGCGCGGUGCAGCGGCGGCCUGUGGUGCUGAGGCAGUGGAAGAGGAGCUCAAUGCAGCACCAGCCAGCAUCGCGGCCAUCGGUGCCGCGCGAGCUGCGCUGCAGGCGACAGAUCCUGGCCCCGCACCAAUCCGCAGCGCUCCUUCGGCAGCGAGAUCUUCACCGCUAAUACCCGACUGCGUGGUGCAAGCAGAAGCCACACCGGGACCUUCUCGGCCUCGCCGCCUGAACUUUUCUCCGAAGCCAACAGAACGCGGUGAGAGAUCUGUGCAAAGGAGCCGCAGGUCCAAGAGUUUGGUGCCGUGCCAGGUGGAGGCUCAAUCUCCACCACCAGAAGGAAUCCGGGAUGCUUCCGAGCUGGAGGCCGACAUCGAGGCGGCGAUAGAGGAGUUGGUGGCUGGGCUGGCAGAGUCGACGGACUGGUCCGGCCGCAUCUCCCUGUUACGCACGCGACUCCAGGAGACUGCAUCUCGAAGCUGCAGCGGUGUGCCGUCGAAUUUACUGCGCACCAUGCUGGUUCUUCUGUGGAGGCUUGCCCUGGGUGCCGAGGCUGCCGAAUCCGAGGGGCUUGCCGCUGCGACUCUGACUGCAGCGACUGCUGCCAGAGACACCGCUCAGCAACCCGCACGGCUGAUGGCAUGGCUUUUUCUCUUCUGCUUCACCUGGCCGCAGCCGAUGUAG